AUGGCCGACUUCAUGCAAGCAGCUCCAACACCAAAGACCGCGCUAGGUCGACAUCAAGUCCUCUCCUCCACAGCUGGCAUUCGGGUAUCUCCUCUCAUUCUGGGUGCCAUGUCCAUAGGGGAAGCGUGGUCGUUUAUGGGAGCAAUGAACAAGAAGCAAGCAUUUGAACUUCUUGAUGCCUACUUUGAUGCUGGAGGAAACUUCAUCGACACAGCCAACUGCUAUCAAGAUGGCCAGUCCGAGGGCUGGAUUGGCGAGUGGAUGGAGUCGAGGAAAAAUCGUGACCAAGUGGUCAUUGCAACCAAAUUCUCAUUCCACUACAAGGCUGGGUCAAAUGCCGACAAGACGCCCGCGAACAACAACUACUGGGGAAAUCAUAAGCGAAGCAUGCACGUAUCUGUUCGCGACUCUCUGGCGAAGCUCAAGACUCAGUGGAUCGAUGUGCUCUAUGUGCACUACUGGGAUUACACAGUCUCGAUCGAAGAAGUCAUGGACUCGCUACAUCUUCUUGUACAGCAGGGAACAGUCAUGUACUUGGGAAUCAGCGAUACCCCGGCGUGGGUCGUUGCCUCUGCAAAUGCAUAUGCCAAGAUGCACGGCAAGACGCCGUUCAGUAUCUAUCAAGGCCGCUGGAACGUCUUGAUCCGCGAUCUCGAACGCGAGAUCGUCCCAAUGGCAAUACAACACGGGAUGGCCAUCGCACCGUGGGGAGUUCUCGGAGACGGUAAAUUUCAGACUCCAGAGGCCAUCGCAAAGCGCCAAUCCAAUGGCGAACCUCUCCGUUUCGGCGCCGAGCAGAGUGAAGAAGAAGUCGCCAUGUCUGAAGCACUGGCAGAAGUCGCCAAAGCUCACGGUACCGAGAGCGUCACAGCCGUGGCUUUGGCAUACGUUCGUGCAAAAGCUCCAAACGUGCUGCCUCUCAUUGGCGGCAGGAAGAUCGAGCAUCUGAAGGACAACAUUAAAGGUCUGGAUAUCAAGCUCACGAAGGAACAAGUCGAGUUUCUGGAGAGCAAGAAGAACUUCGAUCCUGGAUUCCCUGCUUCGUUCAUCGGUCAGGACUGGAGGGUAACUGGAGAGCCUUCGGCGCUUUUUGCUGCGGGUGGUCCUGUUGCGCUUCGUCCGUGA